AUGCCAUCGUCGACAAAUAUUGACCAGCCUUCAGCAGGAGAUCAGCAAAGUGUAAAUAAUCUUACUGCUGCUAGUAACGAUGAACCGUUCGAUAUUCCAAGGGCUACAGGUACGUUGAAUGUGAAUGCUUUAUCCACAUCUGAGAUAGACAGUUUAAAUAAUUAUAAAUCAAUGGACCCAAAACAAAAGAACAAUAAUAACAGCAGUACUGUUAAUAAAUCAUUGGAUGAUCCGAUCCAGUUCACUAGAGUAAGCUCAUCAUCUGUAUUGUCAUCUUCAAAUAAUUCAAAUGAAUUUCAAUUUGGCGAAAAAAAUAACAGUAAUGAUGAUGACGAUGAUGAAUUAAUAGAUAACAACAAUAACAACAACAACAAUAUUACCAGUAAUAUCAAUAAUAAUACAUUCACUAGUAACGAUAUAACGAACUCUACUAUAAAUACUACAAGUAAUAACAAUACUACAUUGAUACAGGAUAUUGAAUCAUCAUCAACAAAUUUCAAUAGUACUACUAAUAAUAACAACAACAACAGUAACAGUCAUACUAAUAUAUUGAAUAAUGAUAGCCCUAUAACGAUAACAACCCCAAAUUCAAAAAAUAUUGUACAAUCUCCAACAACUGCAAAACCUUUAAAGAAAAGUUCUCGUAGUAAACCGAAUACCCCAAAACCAACACCUUCAUCAUCUACUACACUUUUAUCAAAUAGCAGUAAACCAAGAAAAAUUUCACAAAGUAAUUCGUCCAGUAGCAGUUUGUCAAGUAAUAGUAAACAAUUUGGGAAAAAUAAGAAAAGUAAUAGUAGUACAAGUAUCAUGAAAGGCGUCUUUUCAUCAUUUGUUAACAAUAUAAAAAGAAAUUCACAGGACGAUAAAAGAUCUUCCAGUGGAUCAAUUAAAAUCUCAACACCUUAUAACGCAAAACAUUUACAUCAUGUUGGUAUCGAUUCAAAGACUGGUGAAUAUAUAGGUUUACCUGAAGAAUGGGAAAAAUUAUUAACAUCGAGUGGUAUCUCAAGAAAGGAACAACAACAGAAUAUGCAAGCUGUCAUAGAUAUUGUUAGAUUCUAUCAAGAUGUCUCAGAGACAAAUGGUGAAGACAAAGUCAUUAAGACAUUCGAUGUCUCCAAUUCUACUUCCUCUUUAUCAAAUAGAACAGCAUCAAGUUCAUCGUUCACUCCUGAACUCCAAUCAUCAUCUCAUAACAAUAUUUCAAAUAUUGAAAAUAGUAACCAUUCUAAUGCGCAAUUUAACAUUACACCUAAAUCUGAACAACAAGAUUUCAUGCAAAGGACACCAAUUAACGAUUUCAUGACAACACCUCAAAUGAAACCACAUUCCACUAAUGACAAGUUUAUACCAUCAAGACCCGCACCUAAACCUCCUCAAACACAACAUGGUUCAAAAAUUACACCAUCAGUCCUAAAUAAAUCACCUGCCUUACCAAUACAAUCCCCAAUAACGCCUAAACCGGCAACCCCAUCUCACAAGAAGUCUCAAUCUCAAAAAUCUUCUCCAUCAGUUUCAUCUACACCUUCGAAAAUGGCUACCUUUAAGAAGGAAUUACAACCAUUACCUCCAAUCCCACAAGAACAUUCUCCAACAACUUUGAAAGAUGAGAAAUCAGAUGAGGUAAAAGAUCAAGUUGGUACAAUGAUUCCAAAAAUUCCAAAGACAACUCCAAGGACCUCUGCAAGAACAAGAUCUGUUUCUAGGGAAGCUUCAAAGAAGGCAAGUGAAAAGAAAAGAGAGGAAAGGGAAAGACAUAAAAAAGAGGUAUAUGCUAAAUUGGCCACGAUAUGUUCUGAAGGUGAUCCAUCUAAGAAAUAUACAAAAUUAAUAAAAAUAGGUCAAGGUGCAUCAGGUGGUGUAUACACUGCUCAUGGUAUUUCUACAAAUGCUUGUGUUGCCAUUAAACAAAUGAAUUUGGAUAAACAACCAAAGAAGGAGUUAAUCAUUAAUGAAAUUCUAGUUAUGAAAGGUUCCAAACAUCGUAAUAUCGUUAACUUCAUUGAUUCUUACAUAUUAAAGGGUGACCUGUGGGUUAUCAUGGAAUACAUGGAAGGUGGUUCAUUAACAGAUGUUGUUACUCAUUGUAUUUUAACAGAAGGACAAAUAGGUACUGUGACAAGGGAAACUUUACAAGGUUUAAAGUUUUUACAUUCAAAGGGUGUUAUUCACAGAGAUAUUAAGUCUGAUAACAUUCUGUUAUCAAUGGACGGUGACAUUAAACUUACCGAUUUCGGUUUCUGCGCUCAAAUCAACGAAUUAAAUUUGAAGAGAACCACUAUGGUGGGAACACCUUAUUGGAUGGCUCCAGAAGUUGUUUCAAGGAAGGAAUAUGGACCAAAGGUUGAUAUAUGGUCUUUAGGUAUUAUGAUUAUUGAAAUGAUUGAGGGUGAACCACCGUACCUUAAUGAAACACCACUAAGGGCGCUAUACCUAAUUGCCACCAAUGGUACUCCUCAAUUAAAGGAACCUGAAGCUUUAAGUGAUAUAUUGAAACAUUUCUUAGAUUGGUGUCUAAAGGUGGAAACGGAUGAAAGAGCUUCUGCAUCCGAGUUGUUGAGUGAUCCUUUCAUAACAGAAUACGCUGAUGAUAACAUUUCUCUUGCUCCGUUAGUCAAAUUAGCAAGAAUGAAAAAAUUACAGGAAUCUAUGGAUAGUAAUGACGAAAAUAGCGAUUUUGAAAAUGACAGCCAUAAUUUCCCUGAUGCGAAUACUGAAGUGAACGAGUCAAACAAAAUCCAGUAA